CGCAACAGACAAGCUCCAAAUUCGCCACUUGCAGCAAACGAACAAACGAAGAUCCGAGCAGCGAAGACGACUGCGUUGACUCGAGCCGUCCCCUUUUUGCUGAACCGUACAACUGACGGCAGAGAUUGGGGUCGAGUCCACGGGACAUGAGGAUGGAUUCCGUCCUGUAGAGCAGGAGCUGGAGAAGAGAGUCCAAGAGAGUGAAUGCAUGGCUGCGGACAGGGAUCAAAGUCCCAAUGUAGCAAAUCCAGACGGUGUCUGACGGAAUCUGUUGUUGGCAAUGGAAGAUCUGCGAAGCAUCGCAGAGAUUCCGGAGCGCGCAUCUGCUGGACACUCGAGCUGGCUGCGAAUUGCCGUCGCUCACAUGCUGAUCCCAAAUUUGGUGCAAGCUUGCGCUCGGCUGCUGUGGGUCCGCGAGCGACCAUGUUUGGAGAGCGUGUCCUUUUUCAGCUGCUGCAUAUGAUUCAGAGGACCUCCUGUACAUGAUGGUGAUGGUGAUGGAUAUCGAUCCACUGCGAGCCCAGGCUAUGGCUGAGCUGACCCCCCGAGUCUAGGUAAAACGCGAUCGACCUGCGAGGCAAGAAUUCUUCAGCGCAUAGGCUGUGAACCUAUGGCUGAUCCCAAGUGUCGAUCGUCGCCUUCCCCAUUCGUUCCUGCAAAACAAUGAAGACAAGAUUUCUAGUCGACGUGUGACAUUCAAUUUUGAUUGAUUGACAUAGUUUGAUCCUUACUAGGUUAGACGACCGGUUUUUUUAGACAUGGCGGAAUCCGCCUCUGCAUUUGAGCAGGUGGGACUCAGUGCAGACACUCUCCUCGAAGCUCUCCAGCAAUUGCAGUCUAGAUCCGCCUCGCAGAACAAUGUCCAGCUCGAGAAGGAGGUCGAUCUCCUUAUCCACGCCCUGCCCGACAUGGUCAACCUUCUGAAGGAUAAUCUCCCCGUCACAACCUCUGCCCAAGCCCCUGCUAUAGAAUCGUUGAUCAAGAAGCUGAAGAAGGCUACGGAGUGUGUGCAGUCGUGCUCGCAACAGGGGUUCUUCCGAGCUCGUUGGAAUCCGAACAAGACCACCGAGGAAAUUGCAGCGCUUCGACAAGAUCUCGGCGACGCGUUCCUGUUGUCCCUCGUGCACACGACACUUGAUCAUGUGUCGAGCGCCGGCAAGAAGCAGGACAUCUUCCAGUCGAGAAUGAAGGAGAUUGCCGCUUCUGCCACAGGAAAGGGAGGGAAGCACAAACGGAGCGACACGAGCGACGAGGACGACGAGUUUCACGACCCAAUCACGUACGAGCUCAUGUGCGACCCGGUGAAGGGCAGCGACGGGCACACGUACGACCGCUGGACAAUCAUCGACAACGACAUGACGCAGAGCCCGUUCGACCAGCGCAAGGACAAGGUCUUCGUCAUCGCCUGCGACGACAUCAACGUGCGCGGGCGCCUGUUCGAGCGGUACCAGAGCUCGGGCGUCCAGGAGCGGUUCCACGCGCGUCGCGAGUCGUACCGGGAGCAGGCGCUGAUGCUGGCGUGCGCCGGCAGCCAAGAGCUCGACGUCGAGGUCCUCAAAAUGCUCGACCACGUGCUCAAAUGGGCCGACGACGAUCUCGAGUGUCGCGAGCUCCGCGAGUCCAUCGCCGAGCGCAUGCGCAACCAGCACCGCCGGUCGCGCCGCGACUCCAUCUCCAUCUCCUUCACGCCCUUCGGCAGCGGCCGCCGCGAGUCCGUCUCGUCCGCCUCGGAAGUCAGACACAUCCGGUCGCGGCACGAUGCCGGCGACGAUCUUCAUCUCCACCUCCCCGCCCGCGACGCCCCCAUCCCCACCCGCGACGAGUCUCGAGACCAAACUCAGGACGAAUCGGCGCAGCCCGGCUGCCUCUUCGCUCUCGUGAUUCUGGUCGGAGUCGGCUUGUGCUAUCUCUUGUCCAGUGCCAGGAGAAAGCACGACGACGAGGCCCAACGACGAUCGGAUUAGAACCACGGCCUCUUCCCGAGCGCUCUAGAUUUUGUGAAUAAUAGCAGUAGGCGGAACGAUCAUCUUCUCGUCCCAUCCAUCCAUUCAACCAAUCGACGUUCGAACUCGACCUCCUCCGGGUCAUGAGACUGGGGGACAUGGGACUGGAAUUUUUUUAUCAAGUUGUACGUAGUAUGUAGCUUAGUCUGGAAAAUGAGGCUCGCAGCCGAAAAUGUAUAGCUAGAGAGACGAGUGAGAGGAACUAGAUAGCCAGAGAAAUAUAGCAGAAGAAGAAGAAGAAGAAGAUUCUCGAGAGUUCGUUGUCAUGAGGACAAAUAGGAAAAACGACUGGAUUCCAUACGGGUAAAAUUUGCUUUCUGCCUGAUGAUUUGAUGAUGGAGAGGCGGAGGCAGGAUUAUUCUCUGACCCUGCCCCUGCCUGCUUCCGUUGGCUUGGCUUCGAUCGAUGAUGUAUCGCCUCUCCGUACUUUCUUUCAGAUCGCUCACAGAAAUUCUUUACUUCAGUGGCUACUGGGAUCAUAUGGCAGGCUGCUUUUCAGGGCAAAGAGGUUCUCAGUUUUAAGCGUGUACUCGGCAGAGGAGCUCGGCAGUGACACACCAUGCAAUGCAUUAGCAUUAGAUCGGUAAUUUGAUCGGUUCUCAGAAAGGAAAUCAGGAUCUCAAGGAGCAAAAUGACGUCGGUCGCAACACAUCUGAGGUGCACAGCGAGACAAACCAACCACGUGCACCCACAUUCUCAAUCGCCUGCUAGAUAUGACCAUCUACUGUGAACUCAAGACCGCAACUCCUCGUUUAUUUUGCACACCAAAUUCAAACAUUUUGCCAUCGCAUCGCGUUCACGCAGAGGCCGAAGGAGAACAUGGAGGCGAGAUGAUGUUAAGAGAACUUCUGUAGAUAGAUGUCACUCUCUUCGUUAAGGUGCUUGACCCACCGCCUUCAGCUUCUGCUGGAGUUGGUUUGAACGGGACAUUGUAUUGUAGCAUGUAAUGUAGGUAGCAAUCAGUGUACAUUAGCUACAUUUUCCAAUUCCACUUUAACGAGUUUGGCCCUACUGUCGCG